GGUGACUGCGCUGUGGGCCGGGCGGCCGCCGCCACCGCCGCCGCCGUUUCUCUUUCUCUUCUUCCGCCUCUCCUCCUCCUCCCUUCUUCCCUCCCUCCUGUCUCCUCUCUCCCCGUAGCCAGUCAUCCACGGUGAGCUCGCCAUGGCGGAGCCGCCCGUUCCCCCAGCCUCAGCCGGCGUCGGGGGCUCCCAGCGGCUGCUCUUCACGCACGACCUGGUGUCAGGCCGGUACCGGGGCUCGGUGCGCUUCGGCCUGGUCCGCGUCAUGCACGGCGAGGACUCCGACUCGGAGGAGGACGAGGGUGGAAGAGGCCCCGGAGGCGGGGGCGGCGGCGGCGGCGGGGGCGGCCCUGGGGGGGGCGGCGGCGGUGGUGGAGGAGCAGCAGCGGGCAGCUCGGGCGGCUCCGAGUCCUGCUGCCCCUGCGGAGGCGAGGAGAGCCGCGGCAGUCCCCUCCGCCGCGGCUACGUGCGCGUCCAGUGGUACCCGGAGGGCAUCAAGCAACACGUCAAGGAGACCAAGCUGAAACUUGAAGACCGAUCAGUGGUGCCUCGAGAUGUCGUCCGGCAUAUGGGUUCACGUGACAGCCAGUGUGGGACAGUUGUUGAUGUAAACAUAGAAUGUGCAGUAAAACUGGUGGGGACCAACUGUAUCCUUUAUCCUGUCAACAGCAAAGAUCUUCAGAAUAUCUGGCCAUUCAUGUAUGGUGACUGCAUAGCCUAUGACUGGUGGCUAGGAAAAGUGUAUGAUUUAAAGAACCAGAUCAUUCUGAAGCUCUCCAAUGGAGCCAGGUGUUCUAUGAGUACAGAAGAUGCAGCAAAGCUCUAUGAUGUCUGCCCACAUGUCAGUGACUCAGGUCUCUUCUUUGAUGAUUCAUAUGGCUUUUAUCCUGGGCAAGUUCUAAUUGGUCCCUCAAAAGUCUUCUCGAAUGUGCAGUGGCUUUCAGGAGUUAAACCUGUUCUCAGCACAAAGAGCAAGUUCAGAGUGGUGGUAGAAGAGGUACAGGUGGUAGAAUUGAAAGUUACCUGGAUCACUAAAAGUUUCUGUCCUGGAGGUACAGAUAGUAUAAGCCCGCCACCAUCUUUAAUCACACAAGAGAACUUAUCUAGGGUAAAGCGUCUGGGGUGCUUUGACCAUGCUGAACGGCAGCUUGGGGAAAGAUGUCUCUAUGUAUUUCCUGAGAAAGUAGAGCCUGCAAAAAUUACGUGUGAGUGCCCAGAAAGAAACUGUGUUCUGGGAGAAGGAUCUGUUGCCAAAAAGAUGGCCUGUCUUUGUUUCGUAUCCAACGUAAAGCCUGAAAAGGUGAGGAGAUUAUUGAAGAAGCAGAUAGUGAAGAUCAUGUCAUGCUCCCCGGAUUCUCAGGGUGCCCUUGACCUCCCUGAAGGAGAAUCUGCUGCAGCGGGUGACCUACGAUCUGAAGAUCUUAAGGCCAGCGCAAAAUGUGAACUAGAGGACUCUGCCAAUGGUGCUGUAAGUUUACAGGAGGUAAAGGAAGAUUAUCCUGACGAAACUGGGAAGGGGAUCCCUUGUGAAGCAGCUGGGCUGCAGUUGCAGCUACCAUUUGUACUGAAACGGGAUGAUGGCUCCUCAGACUACAAACUUCAGUCAGUCGAACAGGAUGCUGAUGAUGAAGCAGCAGAUGACACGGAUGACACCAGUUCUGUCACCUCUUCUGCCAGCUCUACAGCUUCUUCUCAAAGUGGCAGUGGCACAGGACGCAAGAAGAGUAUCCCACUCUCCAUCAAAAACCUCAAGAGGAAGCAUAAGAAAAAGAAAACCAAGGUUUCCCGGGAGUUUAAACCAGGAGACAGGGUUGCUGUAGAAGUGGUGACCACAAUGACUUCAGCUGAUGUGAUGUGGCAGGAUGGCACGGUGGAGAAAAACAUUCGCUCCAAUGAGCUGUUUCCUGUCCAUCAUUUGGACAACAAUGAGUUUUGCCCAGGGGAUUUUGUGGUGGAUAAAAGAGCACAGAGUUCUCAGGAUCCUGGUAUGUAUGGAGUGGUGCAGUCGGGUGACCACAUUGGCCGCACCUGUGUGGUGAAAUGGUUCAAGUUGAGACCCAGUGGGGAUGAUGUCGAGCUGGUUGGAGAGGAGGAAGAUGUGAGUGUGUAUGACAUCGCUGAUCACCCAGACUUCCGCUUCCGCACUACUGACUUUGUGAUCCGCAUUGGCAAUGCUGAGGAUGGAGCUUCUUCAGUUGGUGAAAAUGAGCCCUCGGUGGGACAGGUGGCUCGUGUGGAUUUCAGCAGUAAAGUGGAAGUUGUGUGGGCUGACAACUCCAGGACAAUUGUUCUGCCACAGCACUUGUACAACAUAGAAUCAGAGAUGGAUGAAGAGACAGACCUUGACUCCAUAGAUGGUAGCACUAGUGGUGCCUCUUCUGAUGAAUGGGAGGAUGAGAGUGAUAGCUGGGAGACAGAUAAUGGUCUCAUGGAAGAUGACCACGCAAAAAUUGAGGAAGUGGAGCCUGAGGAGCCACCUGUGGAAGAGGUGAAAAAGGUGGAGGAGCAAGUGCAAGGUGCUGUGGCCAUGGCAGUUGCUGAUCUGACAGCAGACAAGUCUGGCAAAGAAGGGACCCCGAAAAGCUUCCGAGAGCUGAAGGAGGCCAUCAAGAUCUUGGAGAGCCUGAAGAACAUGACAGUUGAACAACUGCUGACAGGCUACCCAACCUCUCCAACUGUAGAACCUGAAAAACCUACCAGGGAGAAGAAGUUCCUGGAUGAUAUCAAGAAGCUACAGGAGAAUCUGAAGAAGACUCUUGACAAUGUUGCUAUUGUGGAAGAGGAGAAGAUGGAGGCCAUGGCAGAGGCAGAGAAGAAGGAGGAGAGAGAGGCACAGACUCAGACGCCAGUGGCAUCAGAAUGGCCUAGUGAGACGCCAGUGCUUUGCCAGCAGAGUGGAGGCAAGCCUGGAGUUACCUUCACGAGUGCCAAGGGAGAAGUCUUCUCUGUUCUGGAGUUUGCUCCAGAUAGUCAUGCUUUCAAGAAAAUGGAAUUCCAGCCUCCCGAAGCCAAGAAGUUUUUCAGCACAGUGAGGAAAGAAAUGGCACUACUUGCAACCUCGCUGCCAGAUGGCAUCAUGGUCAAAACUUUUGAAGAUAGAAUGGAUCUCUUUUCGGCACUAGUCAAAGGACCCACGCGCACACCGUAUGAAGAUGGCCUCUUCUUGUUUGACAUCCAGCUCCCCAACAUCUACCCAGCUGUCCCCCCUCUCUUCCGCUACCUCUCCCAGUGCAGUGGGAGACUGAACCCCAACUUGUAUGACAAUGGAAAGGUCUGCGUAAGCCUUCUGGGGACAUGGAUAGGCAAGGGCACAGAGAGGUGGACCAGCAAAUCCAGCCUUCUCCAGGUGCUCAUCUCAAUCCAAGGGCUUAUCCUAGUCAAUGAGCCUUAUUACAAUGAGGCUGGUUUUGACAGUGACCGGGGUUUGCAAGAGGGCUACGAGAACAGCCGUUGCUACAAUGAGAUGGCCUUGAUUCGUGUGGUGCAGUCCAUGAUGCAGCUGCUGCGCAAGCCAGUGGAGGUCUUUGAGCAGGAGAUCUACGAGCACUUCUGCUGCAAUGGCUGGCGCCUGGUCCACCGCAUUGAGUCCUGGGUGGAGACAAAUGAGCUGGUGGAGAGGAGCCAUGACCAUGGCAGCCUGGGAGAGUCUUCCUUUGUGCAUUCAGUAUGCGGUGUUCUGGCUGAGAGCCCUGUAGACGGUAUAGGGUCCUUGGGGGAGCAAGUGUUAGGGGCAGCUGCUGCCACCAGUGCCCCUCAGUUGUCUGAUGGCAAGGAGGAGCUGGAAGACUCUGGUUGUGGAACAUCAACGCUUCCUGCCAGUGACCCCCUUCAGUAUUCGGACUCGGAGAGCAUGGGCCAGGCCAGAGCAACAUACUUUGCCAGAGACCUCGCAGAUGAGGGUAAAGCUGCUCAAGACUCUGCCUCUCAGCCUAGCGUGAAACCAAAGAAAAGGAGAAAGAGCUACAGGAGCUUCCUCCCCGAGAGGAGUGGCUACCCCGACAUUGGAUUCCCCCUCUUCCCGCUCUCCAAGGGGUUCGUAAAGAGCAUCCGUGGUGUCUUGCAGCAGUACCGGGCUGCCUUAGUAGAGGCCAACAUCCCAGAGUGGACAGAAGACAAAUAAAGCAUCAUUAGGGACAGACAGACAGACAGAUGCACGGAAAAGAAUGGGAAGCAGGGAGGAAGGCACUAGCAAACGUUGUUAACAAUAAAUAGACUUUGUCUCACUGCACCUAUUCCUCGAUGGCCUGGUUUGUUAUAGAGAAAGCAGAAGCUCCCCAACUCAUUUUAAGCUAGCUCUUCUCUCCCUCAUUUGAGAUGCACAGGAUGGCUGAGCUAUUCCAUGUGCGCACAUAAAGCCCCUUCCCCAUACACACACACACACACCCUAUUUUGUCCCUUUUGAGCUUGAUCCUGAGAGGUUAAGAGCUGAGGCCUUCCUUUUCCAGACCGUAUACAAAGCUGGAAUUGGAAGCCUUUCUGCUUCGAUUUGUGCAAAAUGAUUCUUCCUUUUCCAGUUUGGGUGCUACGGAUGAUGAUGAUGAUGGGCAAUGCUUUUGAUUUAACAAGCAAGAUUCUUGUUUUAUAGUUAAGGAAAAUGUAUCUGACCUAACUUCAGUAAAGCCUGAGAGGUCUGUCAGUCAGCAAGCACUCCAUAGCCCACAUUUCAACUCUUGUGUCCCUCCUUAGUUUCUGGAUAUGUCUACUGCUUAACACCUCUGGGUGAGCUAAGGGAAUACAUUCCCAAGAAAAUCUUAAAGAGAUGUUCUAGGCUUGGACUGCUACAUGAGAGCCUCUAAAUGAUGAUAGAAGCUGUCUGUGUUGUGUUUCCCUCCCCCUGACAAUGUUGAAUCCCUUGAUAGGCCACCUUAAGGCAGAAACAAAGUGCUAGGCAAGCGAUGCUUGAUGUGGUCAGCACUCAGGACCUUCACUUUGGCGUCUGAGGCUCACCUGCUGUCUGUCUCAAGUAUACAAUUUCUUCUGAGCAGCAUCUCUCUUUCCACUUUGCCUUGAAGGGGAAUAGUGCAUAUAGCAUAGCCCGCUACUCUCCUGGAUUCAAGAACACUCUGCUAGCAACUCAACCAUGUGCACCAAGGUACCUCAGGACGGCUCUAGGACAACUGCAUGGUGUGACCCAUGUUUUACAGUUCCAGGUUUCACUAACGGGUUUUGCCGAGUGGCAGCUCUGACUCUGUAUCUCCAUGGACUCCUACCAACUUUACAGCAUCAAGCCUACACUCUGGUAGAUGAUGGGUCUCUCUAGUCCAAGAUCCUUAAGUAAGAUUACAGCCUUCAUUGUGAGCCACGGUUACUUUUCUUUCCCCUGUUCUAGACUGUGUAUGACGUGUCUACGUUAUUUCCAUUAUGUGAUACGGCCAGUGGUACUGGGACGGAGCAGGUGUAACAGAGGGCCUAUGUACUUCUAGCAAAUUGAUGCUGGUGGCAUUUUCAUCCUCUUGCACCCUAGAUGGGAUUAUGGUCUGCUCAUCAUUCAGUGUUCCUACACCUUUGCAUGGCAUCAUAGUUACCUGUGUACUUCCCAGUCUCUAAUAAUGGCCUUGAUGUUUCUCUGUCAUCCUUCCAGUAAAUGAAUCUUUUUGGAAAUGCUGAGGAGGCUGGCACUUUGAGUCUUGUAUUACUCAGAUAUUAGUGAGUUAGUCGUCUUAAUGUUACUGAUUAAGAUGGGGGGGGGCGGUUUCCUCUGGAAGGCUGUGGUACCCAGGCUCUUGUAGCCAAGCCCAUCAUGAAUCAGAAGUGAGGCCAUGCUAGUAAAAGAGAAGCAGAAUGAUUCAGCUGAUAUCGUCGUCCUCUAGGGGGCAGGGGCAAGGAAGGCAUUUUUUCAGGAGGACCUGUUGUAUCUGCAAACUGUGUGAAAGGGCAGACAGUGAGGGACCUCUGUCUGUGUUCCUAUAUGUCAUUGCAUUCCUUGUGCAAAUGUGGUUGAAGUUCCACCCCACACACCCCAGCCCAGGGGAGGGAAACUGAGCAGCCACUUGAUGACCCAUCAGGAAAGCAAGCAUUCUCAAGCCACCAGUCUCAAAGCUAUCUACACAGUCUCAAGAGGUGGUUACCCUCCCAUUUUCCGUAGCUUAACAAGGUGGGAGGAGCCACAGAAAUGGAAGUCUAAUGGUGCUAUAGACUGCAGAGAGAAGUACUAGAAGACUCCCUUUCUCAGAGUACACCGGAGAGCUUUGUCUGAUCUCUUAGAGACCAUGCCCUGGGAAGAUCUUGCGUUCUUCCUAGGGAUCUGCUGCCACCUCUUGCAUCCAUUGAGCACUCUCCCUUUUGUCCUGGCUGUCAGCCCCUACCAGAGGCAUGCACAGAUGUUUACAAUUUUUUUUCCUUUUCUAUAAGCUUUUGGAAAAUGUGAAGCUCUAGGCUAUGCAGUUGCGUUGAGCACACUGCAACUAUGUAACUUUUUUGGUGUAUGUAUGUAAUAAAGAGUGGCGAGAAUUUCCAAGAGACAAAUGCUUAAACACACACAAGCCAAAGCAUGAGGCAUAUUGUUAGUCUUGAGAUGGGCUACAUGAUUGUGAUGUAUAAAUUAAAAUCCUCUGUUAAGUGCUGGGGAGGGGAAAGAAAUAUUACAAAAAAAAAAAUCAAUUUCUAGCCUUGAUUCUGUACAGUAUUUAAAACCGAUGGAGCUGUCUAUUGGGGCAAUGCUUAGAGAUGUGUUACCUUUGCAGCUGUGAAUGCUUGGUUGCUUACAAUAUAUGUAUAAAGUAUCUUGUGAUGAAUCUUUUUUUACUUGCAAACUUUGUUUGGCUAAUUAAGAUGUAGUAAUAAAGGAGAGAAAGUGGCUUGCCA